UUUUACUGUCGUGUUGUUUGUCCCGGUAGGCUUGCCGUACGAACUCCACUGCAGGUUUUCCGUGUAUGGUUUGUAUACGUGCUGCACUUUUUUCUGAAUUCUGAAUAUUUUAGCACCCAACGUAGUAAAGCCUCGACAUUGUGCGUUGUAUCAUUACUUUCUUGGAACAACGCAUCAUAAAGUCCCCGUGUUCGUCUCGGUGUACGUCGCAGUUUAGUGUAUCUUAGCUUAGUUUGCUAGCCGCUAACGACGGGACACGUUUGUUAGCAACACAAAAGCAGAGAUCAACAGUGAGUUUAUUGUGAGGCGAAAUGUGUGCAAGAACAACAGCAGAGUACCUGGAACAACUUUCGGAAACAAAAAUGGAAAAGAAGCGACAACGUCGACUACUGGAUGCUGGUUUCGAGAAGCUUCGAGUUGUGUUAAACAGAGAAGGCGUCAGUGAAUACUAUCUUCAUCCUGAGCGACAGCAGCCAGAGCCCCAUGGCAGAGAGGAGCCAGAUUCCCCCGACAUUAAAUUGGAAGAAGAGCCAGAGGCCCUCAACUUUAAAGCAGAAGAAGAGCCAGAGCCCCCCAGCCUGAAAGCGGAAGAAGAGCCAGAGCCCCUCAGCAUGAAAGCGGAAAAUGAGCCAAAGCCCUGUCACAUUAAAGAGGAAGAGCAGCAGUAUGAGGUCGCCAUGUUGCUUUUGCCUGUUGUGAUUCUGAAGCGUGCAGAUGUAGGUCAAGGUGAAAGUGGGGAGAACACAAAGGCCAAACCUCCAAGCAGCAGCUCAAGUGAACACAUGACAGCAGAAGGCGAUGGAGACCCCUCUGGACAAUCCCAAGCACACUGCAUCCAAGCUCCACCACCAGAUGGGGAGGACGUGACGUCACACUCUUCUGACACUGGAGACGAACACUCCAGAGAUGAAAUGAAACAUCACACCGACAACAAGCUCUGGAAAUGUUCUCAAGGUCCUCCCCAAUCACACGGGCCAGUCACCACCCUAGACGAGCCGAAGUCCAGUCGUGGAAUAAGCGACUCUGUAUUUGUUCGCGCAUACCAAAAAAGAAGCCAAAAAAGAGCAUACAGCAAGAGACAUUAUUGCUUGUAUUGUUCGAAGCCUUACGCAAAGAUGGCUCGACACCUCGAAAGUGCACAUCAAGAUAAGAGUGACGUGGCUACGGCCCUCAGCUUUCCAAAGGGGUCAAAGGAGAGAAAAAAGCAGCUGGAUUACAUCCGCAACCGGGGCAACUUUGCAUACAAUACUUCCGUUUUGGAGUCAGGCAAGGGGGAGCUGGUGCCAUUUAAGCAACCGCCUAAAGAAGCGCAAGGAAGUGAUUUCAUGCACUGUACCUACUGUCAAGGGCUUUUCUCAAGGAAGGUCUUGUGGCGACAUAUGCAGACGUGUGGUUUUAAACCUGGAUCGAUCCCCAGCAAGCCAGGGAAGAACCGGGUCCAGUCACUGUGUACGUACAGAGGUCCGAUGCCUUCCCACAUGAGCAAGGAACUGUGGGGCGUCAUCAGUGCCAUGAAUCGAGACCCAAUCACAGAUAUCAUCCAAAAUGACAAGGUCAUCAUUGACAUCGGGCAAUGCCUGUUAAACAGCGGUGGAACAUGCACAAAAAACCUGGAGCUUGUGAGAGGCAAGUUGAGACAAAUGGGGAGGCUUGUUUCAAGAGCAAGGAUGAGCACCUCCUUGAAAAAAUUUGAAGACUUCAUCGAUCCGCAGAGGUACACGGAGACGGCUGAAGUUGUGAAGGUGAUGUGCCGGUAUGACGGCAAAGCGGGGAAGGGCAUCAAUCCAACACUGGCCAACAAACUUGGGGAUGACCUGGUGGAAGCGAGCAAAUUAUUGACAGCUGAAGGUUUAAUCACAGGCAACCAAGCGCUGGUCAAGAAAGCCACCGAGUUCCAAGAAGUCCAUCGGGAAAAGUGGAACCAAAUUAUUGGGACUAUGGCGCCGAGGAACAUCAGGGAGUCACGAUGGAAAGUGCCCACCGUUUUGUCUUUUACUGAAGACGUUCAGAAACUGCACACGCAUCUCAACCAAAUGCAAGAUCACUUCUGCAAAUCCCUUGCCCAACGUCCUUCCGCCGAGGGCUGGGUGGAGUUGUCAAAGGUGUGUCUCAGCCAGGUCACGCUUUUCAACCGACGCAGGGAGGGAGCAGUUGCCAAAAUGCCCUUAGCAGCAUUUUUGGCAAGAGACCCCGUCGGUCCGCACGAGGAUGUGGACUGGGCACUCUCGAUAGUGGAGAGCAAACUCUGCCGGCACUUCACAAGGGUUAUCUUCAUGGGCAAAUAUGGCCGACCCGUUCCAAUUCUCCUGACACUCAAAAUGCUGCGUGCGCUACAACUCCUUGUUUGGCUGAGAGAGCAAUGCGGUGUUCUUAAAGACAACCAAUACCUCUUUGCAAGGCCCGGCGUCCUGACGCAUGUCCAAGGUUCAAAUUGCCUCCGUGGCCACGUAAAGCUUUGCGGUGCCAAGUUCCCCACGUCGCUUACGUCCGCCAGAAUGCGGCAGCAUGCGGCAACCUUGUCCACGGUGCUGAACCUGACCAACAACGAAAUGCUCCAGCUGCCAAACGUUCUCGGGCAUGACAUCACAGUCCCUCCUGAGUUCUCUCGAGUCCCAGAGACGACCAUGCAACUUGCCAAGAUCAGCAAAGUUUUGAUGGCGCUCGAACAAGGAAGAUUAGCUGAAUUUCAGGGACAGAACUUGGGUCAAAUUGGAAUAUAUCCACACGAAAAGGUUUUUGACAGCAGCGAUGACGAUGGUGAGACCGUUGCAGUGGAAGCCUGUUCGACCGCUGGCGGGACGGUGACCGCAGCUCGAGGAGCAAGUUCGACUCCCAUUGAUGCUAAAGCACUGCAGAGGAGGAACACACGUUGGAGCCACCAAGAAGUCCAGGCAGUGAAAAAGCACAUGAGUCGUUUCAUCACCUCUUGCAUUGUUCCAGCAAAGUAUGACUGUGACAAAUGUUUAAGAGCCGAACCAGAAGCUCUAAAGAACCGCAGCUGGCAAAGUGUGAAAUUUUACGUGUACAAUCGCAUUCAGGCCAAGAAAAAGAAAACGCUGUGUGAAUAAUGUGGAGCUGAAGCCAAUAAAAGUUGUAUUCGAUACAA